GCCAAUGUAUACUAUGCCCUAAAAGUAUAAUUUUGUGAAGGAAAAAGUACAUACAAUUGAGUGUGUAGCAGAAGAGUAUGCAAGCUUUGGGACAUACUACUUAAUUGUGGCUUUAACGAAUGCUCUGUCGCUUAGUUACGUGCAACCUGUCAUCGUUUAAACUGCCCUGUCAAUCAUCUUGUCACAGUUAAAAUCCUCCACAUUCAAUUGAACCAUUCCAACAUUCACCGUUUCAGAGAGAAAUGUAGUCGCUUGUUCUUUUUAUGCAGAGAACUCUCCGCAUGUUUGCAUAAUGAUGCAUUUAAAAGUUAAUGACCAAACGCGUUGUUCUAAAAGUUCACAAUGCUGUUGCAGAUAUGUGGAUGUAGAUGUGGAUAACAUUGAAUAAAUAUCUUUUUGUCAGGUUAGAUACUGAUUAUUAAUCACUCAAACCCUUUUAUCUUAACUGCUCUGCUUAACCGUUGGUCUCGCAUAUCCGUCAUGUUUGUAGUUUUUUAACACCUUAUAUUUGUGUUUGUAAUUAUAAUCGAAUCCUCAUCCAACAUGCAAUGGGUUGUGGUCAAUAUUAGCCGCUAGAGUGUGCACUGAUCUGCACUUCGGAUUCUAACGAGAAAAAGUAGACCAUCCAGGUAUCUUUGGAAUAUGCAUUUCAACAUACUACAAUUUGGGAUGCACCAAUUCUAAUUUCGAAUACUAUUUAGGACGGUUAGUAUGCGAAUUGGGAUGCAGCAUGCAGGUUAGUCCCAAUUUUCUGAAGAAAGAAUCUGCUCAUCAUUAAAAAAUGCUCGAGUCUCUUCAGAAAAUUUGGACUAAACCACUUAAUUCAUAUGGAUUAGUUUUCCGAUCUCUUUAUGAGCUUUUUGAAGCGUCAAAUUCCCAGUUGCAAAGGCAGACUAUGGAGGGACAAAAAUCUCUCAGAUUUCAUCAAAAAAGAUUUUCAUUUGUGUUCUGAAAAUGAAUGAAAUUCUUACGGGUUUGGAAUGGCACGAGGGCGAGUAAUAAUGACAGAAUUUUCAUUUUUUGGGUGAACUAACUCUUUAAUGCUGAACAGUAUUUACCACAAGUUUUUCAAAUUGCAAUAAUCAAAUACAGUCUUAAUGAUAAUUUAAAUACGAAAUGGUAUACUAACCGUCUGAAUUUUUAUCGUGGUUCAUCAUUAAACCGCUAACCGUUUCACUCCAACAAAAAUGAAGAUAAUCCAACAUUGAAGGGGGACACCACCCGUAACAGAGAUACAAUAACAUGAAGACAAUGACUGACAACAGACAGGAGUAUAUAUACAACAUGGAACCAGCGAAAGAGUCGGAGCCAGGGAAUGGGGUGGAAACAGUGAAGGAGGAAGAGCAAGGAGACUGGACAGAACCAGCAGAGGUGGAAGGGCCAGGGAAGUGGUCACAACCAGAGUGAGUAGACUUGGCCUCUGGUUGAGGGUCUGUGUCAGGAGUGGUCACUGGCUCUGGGGCUGGGGUGCUCUCUGGAGGAUUAAGGCUGGAAUGGAUGGAAUGGGCAGGGAGUGAGUAGAGCACGCAUCCCCCUGCACUUCCUCAACUGUGAGGGAGAACCAGUCAGCCACAAGGCAUACUCAAUGUAUUGAGGUAGCAAGCAACUGUAAUCCCCCAUGGGCAUCGGCUACAGGAGGUGGUGGUGUAGCCCACUCAAAAACAUAAAACUUUAAAACUUAAGUGUGUGGCGUUGUUGAAGCCAUCAGCCCACAUUAAUUCAAAUUUUGUUAGUCAACAAAAUUCCUGGUGAAAAACUAUGUUACCUAUGAUUGUGCAGAGAAAUCUUCACCAUUCAGAGAAUCACAACAAGCAAAUCCCGUCUACUACCAUGAAGCACUGUGAAUGAUGCUUUCAAAUUACUUAAAUUUAUUAUGCAUAGGCUACUAUGCAGAUUUUGCAAUAAACAUAAAAAGUCUCUACAUUCAACAUCUUUAAAUCAGUAGUUUUAUAUUAUUUGUCAUAUUUAUUUUGAUUAUGUUGUUCACAACACUCUAUUUUACCACAUUAAAGCCGUUAAGCCAUUUUUGUCAGAUUUUCAUAUGCUUUUUUGCAUCAAAUCAAAGUUUGAAAUGUUGUGAUUUACUUCAUAGCAUGUUGGUUUAGUUUAUGGCUUAUAACUAUUUAAGACUUUUUAAAUCAUAUUUCCGGAACCAAGGCUGCUGAAAAAAUGGGCAUUAAAUUAAAAUGUAGGGUAUGUUUUUAUUUACUUAGUUGGCUAAGUUUAUGUAAACACAGACUAUUAAUAACAGUAAACACAUACUUUCAAUUUCAUGGGGGUCUUUAAGUUUCAAUGCAAAUAAAAAUACUCUUUUUGAUAUGUUUUGAUAUUUUAUUUUAUGUUUUGAACUUUAAAUGAUCUUUUAUUUUGCCGCUUUGACCCGCUGUGACGUCAUUACGUCAUGACGUCGGCUCCGGGGCUCGCCGCCUGUUGUUAUCAGUUGUUACUCGAGGGAAAGGUUGUUUUGUGCCAGUCAGGAUUUAAGACACGCAGGAAAAACUCCAGGUGAAAAUUGAGAUCUACGUGGCAUAGAUAAACAUGGAGUUUAUUAAAGAGGAGGACAUCAGUGAUUCAGAGCCAUGCAGAGUAAAAGAAGAGGAAACUGAGGAACUAUUAGGUCUGAUGGAGGUGAAAGAGGAAAGUCAAGAACUGAAUAAAGUGGAGGAAAAUUGCAAAUUUCAGACACCUGAAGAAAAACCUUUUAGUAACUUGCAGUCUGAAAAAUUCUCAGAAAAAGGCCACCUUACGGGUCACAUAAAAAAUUGUCCCAGAAAGAAGCCUAUAACAUGCCAUCAGUGUGGAAAGAAUUUCAAACAAAAAGGACACCUUAAUAUUCACAUUAGAAGUCACACUGGAGAGAAGCCUUUCAAAUGCCCUCAGUGUGGAAAGAGAUUUAUUCAUAGAGGACACCUUAACGAACACAUACGAAUUCACACUGGAGAGAAGCCGUUCACAUGCCAUCAGUGUGGAAAGAGUUUCACACAUCAAGCAAGCCUUACAUGGCACAUGACAAAUCACACAGAUGAAGACCUUUCCACGUGCCAACAGUGUGGGGAGAGGUUCCCAAAUGCAAGAAUACUCAAGGUUCACACAAGAAUUCACAUUGAAGAGAGCCCUUUAACUUGCCUUCAGUGUGGAAAAAGUUUCACAGAUCAAGAAAAACUUAAGUGUCACAUGAGAAUCCACACUAAAAAGAAACCUUUCACAUGCAAUGAAUGUGGUAAGAGUUUCAUUCAUAGAGGACACCUUAAUGAUCAUUUAAGAAUUCACACUGGAGAGAAGCCGUUCACAUGCCAUCUGUGUGGAAAGAGUUUUAAUCAUAAAGGAUACUUGAAUGUUCACCUAAGAAUUCACACUGGAGAGAAGCCAUAUUCAUGCCAUCAGUGUGGCAAGAGUUUCAUUCAUAAAGGACACCUAAAUGAACACAUGAGAAUUCACACUGGAGAGAAGCCGUAUACAUGCCACCAGUGUGGAAGAGUUUUAGUUAUAAAGGAUACUUGAAAGUUCACCAAAGUAUUCACUCUGUAAACAAGCUGCAUGCAUGCCAUGAGUGUGGAAAGAGUUUCAUUCAUAGAGGACACCUUAAUGAACACAUGAGAAUUCACACUGGAGAGAAGCCUUUCAUAUGCCAUCAGUGUGGACAGAGUUUCACACAUAAAGGUAGCCUGACAUGGCACAUUAAAAUUCACACUAAAGAUGGACUUUCCACAUGCCAUCAAAGUGGGAAGAAUUUUGUAAAUGAAAGAAAGCAUAAGCGUAGCACAACAAGUCACUCUGUAGAUAAGCCGUAUGCAUGCCAUCAGUGUGGAAAACACUUCAUUCAUAGAGGACACCUUAAUGAACACAUGAGAAUUCACACUGGAGAGAAGCCAUAUACAUGUCCUCAGUGUGGACAGAGUUUUAGACAUAAAGGAAACCUGACGUGGCAUAUGAGAACUCGCACUGAAGAUGGACUUUCCAAAUGCCAUCAGAGUGGGAAGAAACCUUAAGAGUCACACAAGAUUUCACACUGGAAAGAAGCCUAACACAUGCCCUCAAUGUGGAAAGAGUUUCAAACACAAAGGACACCUUAAGUAUCACAUAAGAACUCACACCAGAGAGUUAUUUUUUACAUAGGUGUAUUUCAACAAGCGUUAUUGUAAGUUAUUGUUACAUGAAGGACAAAUGAUUGGCACAUUUGCUUUGAUGCGUCCUAUGUAGACAGCCUCACACGUGGUAAACCUGAUGCAAAGGCUGGGGGACACCAAGCUGACUUCAGAGAACUAGCGGCGACAAAAACCGGCUGUGUUGUCGCCUCUUGUCAACUGCGUCCGGACCAAAAGGCUGCGCUUGAACAUACAGCACAGACUACAGCCAACCACAAACUAGCAUGUGCGUUCUGCGCCUUGGUGUAAAAGCGAUUAUUAAAGGAUUAGUUCACUUUCAAAUGAAAAUUACCUCAAAUUUUACUCACCCUCAAGCCAUCCUAGGUGUAUAUGACUUUCUUCUUUCAGAUGAACAC